UCCUACAUGUUUUACUUAGAUAUGCCCGUGAUCAUUUUCUACUCUGCUGUUUUGCUAAUAUUUAUCCUCCAUUGUUUUCUGUCUUGUUCAUCUUUCAGUAGGAGACAUAUUGGACUUCAUACUCAACAUUUACUUUUAGACUGUGGGUGAAUCAACUUCUGUCGACAUUACAGCAUUGAUGACUCACGCUGUAUGCACUUCUUACAUUUGUUCUGGGAUCAAAGACAAUUUCUCCAAAAAUCAGAACUGUAAUCCAGCAUAUUACUUCUUCUUUCUCUGUGUCUGUGGCCCUCUCCCUCACAUCGAGGUCCAAACAAGCAUAAAUAAAACAGACCGCCGUUAUGCCCCCACCUACACAACAAGUCAUUCAGCGUGUGCUAAAUAAAACGUGAGAACUUUGUGCUGGUGUAUUGUUUCUGGAGGGGGAGGUUGGCUCAGACGUUGAGGAGUCCAGUCAGCUGCCAUCUGGCCCGGGCUGGAUGUUUCAGCACCACGGACAGCGACCCGGCCUCCGUCCAUCCCCGGCACCACCGCCGACUGCUCUAUUAUUCAUGCUGCUAUCAUCUCCACGGUGAUCCACACGACGAACAACAACCCCCAUUAUGCGAGGAAGAUAGAUAUAUCACUGUAUGUAUGCGGUCUAUUUAUAAUUCCCACUGGGAUGCGCUGAUUGAGGUCCUUUCGGCACCUUUUACUCGGAGGAAAACAGUUCAGCACCCGUACAGAUUCAAAUCCACGGACCCACAGUUACUGCUACACAACUGACUCGAGGGCUUGAAAGGGGUGUAGAGAAAUUAAUGCUCCUGAAAGCCAGUUAUUUCUGUCCCUGUCGGACUGUUUGUUUCCUCUAUCGCCAGCCAGAAGUCGUUGGCCCACCUUUCCAUUUAACGCCACGCCGCUAUAAACUCUCUACGACGCAGUUAAAGUGGCCCCCGAGGAGCAGUGUUGCAGUGGUUCGGAGGCCCGUGGGUCAGUGGUCAUUGGUCCACAGGACGCUCAAACAUCUCCGGCUCAAGCAGCCGCCUCCUCCUCUGCCACAAAAACGCCACACAGCAUUCAAGCCGACGACUUGGCGGACUGCAGAGGAGAUUCUCUCUCUCUCUCUCUCUCUCUCUCUCUCUCUCUCUCUCUCUCUCUCUCUCUCUCUCUGUCUCUGUCUCUCUCUCCUGGAGGAGGAAUAAAAGGAAAACUUUUGGUCGGGAGGAGAGUGCUGAUGGGCGGUUAGGUGAUCUGGGGUAAAGUGGUCACUGCUCGUGUAUGGAUUAUCGAUAAGUGCAAAAAAAAAAAAAAAAGAGGAGCGCGUUGUUGCCAUUAGUUAUUUAUAUAUUCCUGUAAAGCGGCGGGGAUGCGUAAGAGACGCCACAGCGGCGAGGAUCGCCCGCUCUGAACCGGAGGAGUCACCGGCAGAUGAUGUCCCAAUGUGAGAGUGCUUCCAGAGGAGACGGAGGAGAGGACGAAGGAGGAUGAAGAAGGGGGGAGAGGGAUCGAGAGCGGCAGAGGUGGAAUAUAAUGAAGUUGAGUGGGAAAGGACUGUGCACCGUCUUCUCCAGCACCCUCCUCUUCGUGUGCGCCCUGAGCGAAGUUGUCGUUGGAUUAAGAUGCGUCUCGUUGGGAUCUAUGGUGAGAGCGCAUUUCCACCUCGGCGCCGCGGCCGGGGCUUUCUACUCCGGGCUACUUGUGGGAAUCGGGCAGGUGCUGCUGGGCUCCGCGCUGCUCUUUUGCAUGGAGAAGCCCGGCUGCAGGAAUUUCUUUCUCCUCGGUGUUGUGGUCUUCUUGUUGGGGGUCCUCACCGCCUUCUCCGGCGCGGUGGUGGACGGGGACACGGCUUCUCUGGUGGAGAGGAAAUAUUCCCAUUACUGCUUCCACUCUUUGGUUGUGAACCCUGCGUGCGAGCAGCUGAGGGAGUACCAGCGGAGUCUGGUCGUCUCCACUGUUCUCAGCACCUUGGAGUGCGUCCUAGGGCUCAUCAACCUGGUGGUGAUCAAAAGGUACAAAACCGCGCAGUUUUCUAGGAGCCGACAGUGUCAGAGGCAGCGCGCCGGCGCGAUCAUCUUCAGCGAGGAGCGGGACUGCUCCUCGGCGGAUUUCCAGCCGGUGUCUUACAUCAAUUUGGGUGUUUUUAAUGUGUUUGACGAGACAGGCGCAGAAGUGCAGUCAGGGGGACACCCGUCAAUCGAGCUGCCGGGAUACUCGCCCACGGACCCGGAGCUCAACCGUUGCUUCCCUUUCUCCUACCCGCUCCCCAGCGAACUGCCGCCCGCAUACGAGGACAUUUUCCCCGCUGAGGCAUGCAACACAUAGCCGCUCUGGAUCCGAACCCCCCCAGCAGCGCUUUUUCCUCUGCUGUGACAAUCAAUGACUUUGUGCUUAAAACAAUCCCGUCUCUUCUCCUCCUCUCAGCACCACCCGACAGAGAGCAGUAAGUUAACACAGGAGGACAACAGCAGUGGAUUUCUCAUUCACCUGAUUUCCUUCUCAUUCUGAUAUUUUUCUUACAUCCGCCCGGUAGCUUUUUAUUAUUGUGCAUCACCACCAGUCAGACUGAUGUAGAUGAGCAGAUCAAAGUGCUACAGGCCCAGACAGCGCAGACAGAUCGAGGCCCAUAAACGCAACAGCUUGCUAAUAUAACAAAAGCAGUUUUUGUGUUUUGAAUGUUUGCUGUUCCACAUUUUUACAUGUGAAUAAAAAGUGUA